CGACAGAGUCCCUCGCGAGGAUUCUUUACACCAUGGCCGACGCCGAGAAGGCUUUCCAGCCUGCUGUCGACACCUCCGCAUCGGACAUCAGCCAUGAUGGCCAAAUUACAUACGAGGAGCAACCUCGAUACCCACUCAUGACCCGCUUGGGUUUAUCUCCAGACUCGUUCAGAAAGCGACCUGUUUCAGACAAGCACAAUAACCUCAACAAGACAUUGAAAGCCCGUCAUCUUAACAUGAUCGCCAUCGGAGGAUCGAUAGGUGCGGGUUUGUUCGUCGGAUCGGGAAGCGCUCUGCGCACAGGCGGCCCUGCUUCUCUGCUUCUCUGCUUCGGUAUUAUCGGCAUAAUGAUGUUUAACGUCGUCUAUGCUCUCGGUGAACUCGCCUACAUGUAUCCUAUUUCUGGAGGCUUCUACACAUACUCUGUCCGCUUCAUCGAUCCCGCAUGGGGCUUCGCCAUGGGCUGGAAUUACGUCUUGCAGUGGGCCAUUGUCUUACCUCUCGAACUCGUGGUUGCCAGCUUGACAGUCAACUAUUUCUGGAUAGACACGCCUGAAGAGACGCCAAACGUGGCAAUUUGGAUAUCGCUCUUCAUGAUCAUUAUCGUGGUGAUCAGUCUCUUUGGUGUCCUAGGCUAUGCUGAGGAAGAGUUCUGGGUGUCAUUGCUCAAGCUCUCGACAAUCAUUGUCUUCAUGAUCAUGGGUAUAAUCUUCGCUUGCGGUGGCGGGCCUAGCAAUGGACAAUAUUCAGAGUAUUGGGGCGCUCGCCUUUGGUACAAUCCUGGUGCUUUCAACAAUGGGUUCUUAGGAUUCUGUGGUGUAUUCGUCACUGCCGCAUUCUCAUUUUCUGGAACUGAGUUGGUCGGUUUGGCUGCAGCCGAAUCUGAGAACCCACAGAAGCAACUCCCAUCCGCUAUCAAGCAGGUGUUCUGGCGAAUCACCCUUUUCUAUAUCCUGGGAUUGUUCUUCGUCGGUCUUCUGGUCCCAUACGAUGAUGGUAGACUCCUUGGUGGCGACUACAUCAACGUCUCUGCGUCGCCAUUCGUCAUCGUUGCCGACAACGCCGGCAUCCCAGCAUUCGGCACUUUCGUCAACGUUGUGAUCAUGACGGCAGUCGUCUCGAUCGGCUUGUCCGGUGUCUAUGGAGGCUCGCGAACACUGUGUGCUCUGGCCGAACAAGGCUAUGCGCCACGCUUCUUCUCGUACAUCGACAAGGCUGGACGUCCACUCUUCGCAACCAUCUUCAUCAUCGCCUUCGGGCCAAUCGCAUACGUCUCGCUUGCCAGCUCCGGUGCUGUGGUCUUCGGCUGGCUCCAGGCGCUUUCUGGUCUUGCUGCCCUUUUCACAUGGGGUAGCAUCUGCCUGGCCCACAUUCGCUUCAGAUCUGCUUGGAAGUACCACGGCCACACUCUCGAUGAAUUGCCAUUCCAGGCCAUAUUUGGUGUCUAUGGAUCCUGGGUUGGAUUCAUCCUUGUUAUUCUUGUUCUGAUUGCUCAGUUCUAUACCGCCGUUGCUCCAAAGGACGCUGAAUCUUUCUUCUACUCCUACCUGGCCUUCUUCGUUGUGCUUUUGUUCUACGCCAUUGGAUACUUUUGGAAGAAAAAGGCAUGGAUGAAGACAUCUCAAAUUGAUGUCGAUUCCGGUCGUCGUGAGAUCGACAUGGAACUGUGGGAUGAAUUCAAGGCCAAGCGAGCUUCAUGGCCAGCAUGGCGCAGAGCUCUUGAUAAGAUGUUUUAGACACAAUGUAUAGGUUGGGUGGUAUCUGGGUUGAGGAUGUCUUGAGAUAUAGCAUCCGAAACCCGAAGUUCAUAUGAAUGAAGGAUUUGGAUUUUCC